CGGCCGGGGGCUCCGCCAGGCCCGGCCCCGCCGCACUACAGCUCCCGCCUGCCCCGCGCCCGGCCGCAGGGCGGAGAGAGACAGAGGCGGGAAGGGAAGGAGGAAGGAAGGACUUCCCCGCCGCGGCGGGAACUACGCGUCCCGGCGUGCGCCGCUGCGGGCGGGGAGCGGUUCGGGGGCGGGGGAGCCCUGAGGCGGAUGAGGGCGAGGCUGGCGGUGCGCGGCUCUGGCGGUCUCUGAGUUGUGGUUCCCGGGGGAGUGAGAGGCUCAGGAUGUCGAGGAACUUCUCUGACCCAGGCAGCAGCAGAAAAGAGCAUGUUAAAGUCACAAGUGAGCCCAAACCAGGGUUCCUGGAGCGGCUCAGUGAGACCUCUGGAGGCAUGUUGAUUGGACUUGUGACGUUUCUUCUGGCUUUCUACGUUCUUUUUACCAAUGAAGGGCGAGCUUUAAGGACAGCCAGGUCUCUUGAUGAGGGGCUUUCUCUUGUGGUCCCUCUUGACAGCAUCCACAGCAUCUCUCAGCAGAAUGAGGGGAGACUGGUGCACUUGGCUGGAGCUUUGAGUACAUCUAAGCCUUUGUUUGACCCCAGCUAUGGGCUCUCCAUCCAAGCUGUCAAACUCAAGCGUAACGUGGAAAUGUACCAGUGGGUUGAAUAUGAAGACUCAAAGGAAUAUGAGGAGGAUGGUGAGAUUAAGAAAGAGACAAAGUAUUCAUACAAUACAGAGUGGAAAUCAGAAGUUGUGAACAGCAGAAAUUUUGAUCGAGAAAUUGGACACAAAAACCCGAGUGCCAUGGCUGUGGAGUCUUUCACUGCUGUUUCUCCUAACGUCCAGGUUGGCAGCUUUGUUCUUUCCAAGGGUCUCGUGGAUAGAAUCGAUGAUUUCAAGCAGCUGAGCUUGUCACACCUGGAGGAUCCCCAUGCUGAUGUUACCCGAAGAGAAAAUUAUUUCUAUCACAGUGACAACCCCAGGCGUCCAGAGGUGGGAGACCUUCGUGUCUCUUUCUUCUAUGCAGGUCUGAGUGAAGAUGAUCCCCAUUUGGGCUCUGCUGACAGGGUGACUGUGAUUGCUCGGCAGCGAGGUGAUCAACUGGUUCCAUAUCAUACCAAGUCUGGAGAUGUUCUGGAGAUUCUGUACCCUGGGGACCUCUCUGUGGAGGAGGUGUUUCAGAAGGAGCAGGAGGGUAACACCAUGAAGACCUGGGCCCUCCGUGCAGCUGGCUGGCUCUCAAUGUUUGUGGGCAUCAGCCUGAUGACCAGGAUCUUUUACACAUUAGUGGACUGGUUUCCCGUGGUGAGGGAGCUGGUGAGCGUUGGCCUGAAGGUGUUUGCGGUGUGUGUGGCCAGCUCGCUGUCCCUGCUCACCAUCUCCGUGGGCUGGCUCUUCUACCGCCCGCUCUGGGCCCUGCUCCUGAUGCUGCUCUCCGCUGUCCCCAUCCUGGUGGCCAGGACCCGUGUUCUGCCCAAGAAGCAGCAGUGACAAGGAGGUGCUCUGGUCUUGAGCUGAGUCCUGGUUAGAACCUUCCCAAGUGCAUUUCUGCCCGGUUCCUGCAGCAAGCUUACAGCAAAUCACAGCUCAGCAGCGAGCACUGAAAGCUGGGGAGGGGGCUUGGGUGGGAUUAUUGGUACAUGUUAUCCACAGGACUAUAGGAUGCUGUUUGUGGGAAGUCAGUGACACCAGCUUUGGGGGAAAAAGCAUUUUAGGUGUGGGUAUUGAUGGUGAGUUAGUGAACAAGCAGAUUUAUACCUCUUACUGCUUAGUAAUUCCCCCUGAUUUGGGAACUGGCAAGUCCUUGCUGGGUGGGGCACCUUGUGUGUUUGGGAGAAAGUGCCAGCUGCAUCCCAUGGACCCUGGUUACAUGUCCUUGGGAAAUGCGUGUGCCUGCCUGCCUCUGACAAACCCUCCCUCUGCUGCCUUUCCUGGUUUGCACAGUCAGGAACACUCCUUUGGCUGGUGUGUUUGGCAGUGCAUAUGUUCAAAGGGAAAACAUAGCUUAGGUGAAUUCCACAGAAUACUCAUGUAAACUCUGCUUUUGGACUGAGGAUUUUCAAAGUCAUUGAUGCAAUGAGUGGCCAGGUUAGCAGUGCUCUGAGGUUGGGCAGAUUUAUCAGGACACAUUGAUUUCCCCCAGGUUUUAAGUGUCUGAACUUGGUUUUGGUUAAGCAUCCAAAAUUAUAGCCUGGACUGUAUCAGAACAGUUUCAAAAAUUUCACUUCAAAUUGCACUUAAAAGGGUACUAACAGGUCAUUCACGUGUAAAUAAAAAACCUACUGCCUUGAAACAACAUUGACUUUUAUAACCGAAUGUGUAGUCUAAAAUAGUUGGGGGUUUUUUGGCUGUGUAUACUGUUCCUUUCUUUAAUUUCACUUAGUAAGGACAAUGAACAUACUCUGUGAAAUUAAGCAAUGGAAACAUUUUUGCCUUAUUAGUUUUCAUGGAUUUUAGUAGCCUAAAUUGGUAGUUUUGCAUCUUGUUAGAGGAAUGCCUUGUAGUGUUGUGAUGGCUCAUGUUUAUCUGCUGUAACCAGUACUUGAGGUUAGAGACACCCUUAAGUCUCUCCAGCAAGCUAGAGUCUGGCUUCCAGAUGGAGCCCCCUACACUACUGUUUUGGGGUUUUUGUAAGUAUACACAGUUCAGUACAAAAAUAAUGUUUUCUAUUAUGAAAUCUAUUUAUGACCAUCAGAGGAGUGUUCUCUGUACCAAAGGAAUUUGACUUGAACAUACACAGAAGUAAACGUUUGCUAGAAGUGAUACUGAAAUAGAAAUCUGAGUGAGAAAUCAUAAAUGUUUUGAGAAUUAGUAUUGACUUUUUUAGUCCUAAUUACUCUCAUUCUUUUGGUAUUUGAAUAGUCAGUUUGGUCUCACAGCUCUGCCUUGGUAAAACAAGCAGGGAGUGAAAGGGCAGGUACAGGAGCUGGCCUGGUGCAUGCCUGGUGUGUGGCAGUGGUGCUGCACAGCCUUCCUGCUGCUCAGAACACCUGCUCAUGCUCCAGCAGUCAGCAAUUGUGCUCCACAGGGGAGAGAAACUGGUUUUGAACUGCUGCUGUUUUGCCCAUGAUGCAGAAUGCUAACCAGCAUUACUUAUUGGAAAUGAAGUGACAAUUUUCUACUGAAGUGCUGAGCUUUUGUAUAUUUAAUAAAAUACUGUUUUCCAAAGGUUGGUCUGUAGGCUUUAUUAUUAAAUUCAAGUAUUGCAUGUUUUAUAUCCAGGAAUAAUGUAAUGUCCAGGUAGUUUGUAGCUUCCGCAAGAACUAGUUUCCUAUUGUUGGGUUUUAUUUUCCUGCAAAUAUUCCUGGUUUGGGAAGCUGCUCUCUGGCCUGUGUACUGCUGCCAGCCUGACAUGGAUUUAUUUCCCAUUACUGACCAAAGAAGUCAAGUCACUUCCUUGCCUCUCUAAGAUCAUUGGAAAAAUAUAAUGAAUCAACCUGACUGUUACAGCCCCUUGUGUUUUAAGGAGACUGGGAGUUACCUGUGUAUUCCAAAAACAGACACCAUACUAUUUUUUUCAAACUUUAUUUUGAUCUACAAAUACAGUACAAAAAUAGAUUUUCUUCUGAACAUAGUUACAUGAAAGCCAUUUUCUUACAUCUCCUACUCUGUGACAAUGUCUAAAUUAUUUUCCCCUCCAUUUUUGAAGAGACUGUGUCAGUGGUCUUUAGAUACAUACUGCCAAAGACAGAUCAGUAUUUCUACUACAAAAGUGCAACAAAAGCUUAUGUAGAUUUAAUAUUCCUCUCUCAACAGAUUUUUAAUGCUAUGGUACUGGAUAACAAUUCUGUGGUUCUAGUGAAUUUUGUUCCAUCAGUGAGAUUUAGCCAGUUUUAUGUGUUUUGCUCCAGAACAGGAUCUUGAUAAGCAACAGAAGCAAAUAUGUAUAUAUUCAAAUUGCUUAAGAAGACAUAUUGAAGCCUAAGCUGGUAAUAAGGACAGGGCUUCUCCCUUCCACAGCACAAGAUUUCUGAGAGCAAAUAAAGAUGGCAGGCUCAAAAGCCAAACUUACAUUACAAAAUGCAAGUACUCUUUAGAAAAUACUAAUUCUUCCAUAUUCUGAUUUUCGGGGUUUGUUUUAGACCUCAAAGGAAGUGUUUCCCCCUUGAGACAGGCCAGAACUCUACCUCACCACUGAUUUGGGUAAGCUAUGGAUCAAAGGAGGCAUCAGCAUUCCUUUGGCCACCUCUCUGCAGACAUAAAAAGCAGCUGGAUGCUUUAGUUCUGAGCAAGCAGGAAAAAUGAAAACAAGAAAAAUGGGAAAUGAGACUGUUGAUGACAGGAGUGCCUCAGGAAACUCAACUACUAGUGCUGAGUGAUACAAAAGAGACCAAAAACCCCAACAAAGCAAAGUGAUCUUGGGA